AUGUUUGGGUCCGGGUCGACUGCCGCAAGCUUUAAAUUUCCGGCAACAAAUAAUAAUCCAACUCAAUUUAGUUUGGGUGCUCCUGCUCAGCCCAUCCAACGUACACGUAGCAAUUCAUCGGUGUCUACUUUUGGCGGAUCCACCAGUGCAUCAAAUCCCUUGUUUGGUGGUACCACAACGGGCUCAACUAACAAUUCUUUAUUUGGUGCUUCUACCUCCAACAAUACUUCAUCUGCUCCUAGUUUGUUCGGUUCAAAUAAUACAGCUAACCAGCAGAGUAGUGGAUUAUUUGGCGCCAAACCCAAUUCUUCACAGCCUGGAGGUACAACUAGUGGUUUAUUCGGAACCAAUUCAACAGCUACAAGCCAGCCCAAUACUGGUCUAUUCGGGACCAAUAAUAACCAGUCCACUUCCAAUUUGUUUGGCUCUGCUAACCAAACUGGAACGGGAUUAUUCGGUGCUAACAAUGCUACUAAACCAAACACUGGCACCUUUGGUGUAAGUACGAACACUACUCAGCCUAGUUCCAGUUUGUUUGGCAACAACACCAAUGCUGCUACAGGCCAAUCCACCGGUGGCUUGUUUGGCAACAACACCAGUGCUACUACAGGCCAAUCAACUGGUGGUUUGCUUGGCAACAACACCAGUGCUACUACAGGCCAAUCAACGGGUGGUUUGUUUGGGAGUUCAAUUAACACACCAAGCAAUAGUACGGGACUCAGUACUGGUGGCGGUUUAUUUGGAAACACAAAGCCUAAUUUUGGAAUGCCAAUUGCCUCGUCGUCUGGAACUGGAGCAUUUGGUGGUACACAACAGCCGACGAACAGUAACUCGCUAUUUGGCAAUUCAGCAAGCAAUACAUCUUCUUUGUUUGGUACUUCUACAACCAUUACGCCUGGUGCCUCUCUAUUCAACACCAAUGUUACAACGACACCCUCAUCGAAUACCAUGUUCAAUACUGUCAAUAGCUCAACUCCAUCGUUGACUGCGUCAAUUGAUCAAGCAUCAUAUUCUUUAGCAGGUACUCCUUCUACAAGUUUUAAUACCAGUGUAAAUAGUCCAUCUGUAGGGCCGUUAACGACUCCAAGACGGCAAACUGGAUCGACCACCACAACUCCUGGUUCUCUUCAUAAUAGCAUUUCCCGACGCCAUGGCUCACUUAAAGCAUCUUCAUCUGCUCGACUUGUCUUAUCAUCGGCAAGAAGCUCUCCAUAUGUAAAUACGAACUCCCCAUACGGUCCUACAAGAUUUGGUGAUGCUGCUAGUUCAAGAAUGCUCUCGCGGUCUCGAUCAGAGUUAAAUCUUGGCCGUGGGUCUCAACUUCGACCCCAAAGAAGUAUUGACGAUUUUAGCUCGGUUUCAAUGGGACUCAAAGAUAUGAAAAAUAGCGAUAUCAAGAAGUUAGUUAUCAACAAGCGUAACUUGGCUUUGGAAGCCAUUACUGGAAGGUCCACAGGUAGACAUACUCUGGAACUUAAUGGAAACGCUAAUGGAUCAGAUAAAAGCAGGAAUGGUAGUGUCAAUGGCCAUGUUCAUAGUAAUGGUGCAAUGUCUGAAGUUGACACCAGCAUCAGCCGGCCUCGCUCAUCAGAGCCAUUUUUGACCCCUUCUUUUAGUCGUACCCAGCGUGAUCUUUCAUCCAAUAAAGUAAAUUCCGUGUCCAGAAUUUCCACCGCAAAUAAAACUGCUGAGGAGGCUGGAUACUGGAUUUCCCCUUCAUUAUCCACACUUUCUAGUUUAUCUAGAAGACAACUAGAGCAUGUUGAUAAUUUAACAAUUGGACGUCAUGGUUAUGGUCAACUAGUCUACCCUCAACCAGUCGACCUUAGUGAUGUCGACCUCUCGGAAAUCUUGGGCAAUAUAGUCAUUUUUGGCAAUUUGAGUGUAUGUGUGUAUCCCGACGAAUCAAAGAAGGCCCCUGAAGGUGAGAAGCUCAAUGUUCCUGCUAUUAUUACAUUAGAAAAGACUUUUGCCAUUGAUAAGAAGACCAAUCAGUAUAUUAAAGAUCCAGUUGAUCCCAGAUUAAUCAAACACAAGCUUCGACUGCGUAAAACCAUCGAGUCUAGGGGAGGCGAGUUCUUGUCCUAUGAUUUUGACAAUGGCCUUUGGGUAUUUCGGGUUCCCCAUUUUAGUGUAUGGGGACUUGUAGAUGAUGACGACGAAGAUGACGAAGACAUUGUAACUAAUCCCGUCACGGAUAAUUCUAAUCCAACUGCUGGUAAUUUGGAAAAUAAUGGCCCAUUAAAAUUUCAGACUGAUUAUUCUUUCAGUGGACAGUAUCAUCAACAGAAUGGGGAGAAUAAUUUCAACAUUGACAAUGAGCUCUUGUCAGCUAAAGAUUUGAACGAAUUGCUGGAGGAAUCUCAAAGCCAAGCGAAUUUUCAAAACGGCGAAGAGUUCUUAUUUGAUGAUGGCAAUUUCCAGAAUUUAGCCCAGAAGGGAGAUUUAAGAGAGUAUAAUUCGCCUGCUACCGAGUCCUUUAAUACCCAUUAUGCCACCAACAAUGUUCCUACUGUAUGGGGCAAGCCAACGGGAGGAAACGGUUUCGAAUAUGGUUCCUCGGACGAUGAAGAAAUGGAAGUAUCAGAGCCAGUUGCUGUUUCUUCAUCGUCUGAAGAAUAUGCGAUUGCCAUAAAUAAUGAAGCCACUUCACAGCAUUUAGUCCAUGAUGAGUCUAUUUUAACCGAAGAGCAGGAUAUCCUUCAGUCUAAAAAUUGGAGCCAUCAGCUUGCUAUUUCUUCUCGACUAGAUUCUCCUUUUGCAUUACCAUCACCGAACAAUGUACAACGCAAAGUUGAGAAGGAAGUCUUUACGACGUCGGACCUUGACAACCUUGUUUUCGGUGGUUUGGCAGCUUUAGAUAAUAGUUCAAGUGCCCAAUAUGACAAAGCUGCCAAAGAAUUAAGGCUUCCGCCAAUGUUUUCUAGAAGUUCAUUCGCACGAUUCAGUCCAGGGUGGUCGGAAAAGCUUUUAGUAAAGGAUACUGACGGCAUAAAGCUGAAAUCACUGGACCAAAAUCAUAUUUCUACUUCUGUGAUUUCUAAUCUCAUAAACAAGCAGCUUAAGAUGAGUGAUAUUAGUCAACGAAGAAAUGGAUUGCCAUUGACAACGCCCAACAAGGACCUGACUAUGAGGUUCUUGGCUGCUAAUGCCAAUCCUGCUUCGUCAGAUGAGAAGGAAUUAUGGGAAUUAGCGUCCAUUUUAUUUGAUAAUGUCCACUCCAUUGGACUGGAACAGUUCGAGCAGAAAUUAGAUCUAGCGCCUCAUGUUCAAGAACGGAUAAAGGAGCAACAUCGUCGGAAAUUGCUGUCCAACUGGUUGAAAAGAACGGUUUCGAGUAAAGUUGUCGAGGAUCUGAAUGUGAGUAAAUUCUCGGAUCCUCUUGACAAUAUUAUGAUUCAGCUGUCAGGAAACUUGAUACAGGAUGCUGCUUUUACUGCGGCUAACUCAAAUAACCUACAUCUGGCUACGAUAAUCCCCUUGUUAGGAACUGAUGAUAACGGUAUUCGAGAAGAUGCUCGCAGUCAACUAGAUGAUUGGCGUCAAAAUAAGGCAAUUUUCCAGAUCCCAACUCAAAUCAGGAAAGUUUUUGAACUUUUAUCUGGCAAUACCACAGUCUCUGGAGAAUUUAAAGCAUCAGGCGAGUCUGUAGAAUCACUUUACCUUUCUGAAGGGCUAGACUGGCUUCGCGCAUUUGGUUUAAAGCUAUGGUAUGAAUCGAAUAGAAGAGUACCUAUCUCACAAGUUGUUGAAAGUUAUACUCAGGCAUUUACCAAUCCUACUAAUAGAGUAGCAAAGCCAACGACGAGCAGCAAUCAGCUAGAUGUUCGAUAUCGCUUACUUAGGCUGUAUGGAUCUUUGAAGCCAUCGUUAAGCUCUGUGCUGGAAACAGUAGAUGGGCCACUUAAUUUUAGGGAACCAUGGUAUCUGUAUGUCGUUUUAGUUCUUUCAUCAGGAUUGUUUUCAGAUGUCGGAUCGUGUCUUGGUGACCAACUGACAGUGAAUUUUGGUAGCCAAUUAGAGAAUAUCGGGUUAUGGAUGGAAGCUAUUUUUGUUUUCACUCAUAUCCGCAAUGAUACUACAGCCAAGAUUCACAUUGAGCGGGUGCUCUCAGAACAUAUAGAUGAGACUGACCAUCAGUUAUCAGUUCGCAAUCGUUUGACUGACGAGUUCAAGAUUCCUGAGAGAUACAUCUCGUUUAGUAAAGCACUCAAGGCCAGGUAUCAGCAUGAUUAUUUCACUGAAUCCAUGAGCCUAAUAAACGCUGGUCUCUGGGAAGAAGCGCAUAAAACUAUCGUCUCAAAAGUGGCACCUCGUGCAGUUAUUGAAAGUAACCAUCGCAUCAUCACUCCUCUUUUGCGUAGUAUUGUCCACCCGGAUUCAAUACCAUCUUGGGGUAUCGGCGGACAAAUGUAUUUGGACUAUGCGGAGCUUGUAGAUUUGGUGAAAGGGGAAGAUCUCGAAACAGAACGUACACGUCGUUUGGCCCAUCGCGUUUCUCAUGCUCUUGCCAAUACCAAGAUUGGUGAGAAUCCAGAUGUCAAGGUAGCAGUGUCACUCAUGUCAUCUUUUGUUGGAAAAUAUGCUGCCAAAGUAAGUAGGGAUCAUGAGAGAAGGAAUUUUACUAGUCUUCUAUUUGAUACUAACAUAGUCCAGUCGUUGAACGGAUCCACAAUUCUAAGCAUGCAAAUGGACGGAACAACUUAUUAUAACCAGACACUAUCUCUGUCGGUAGACUAUUUCAAAGAGAGAUUACUAGCAUUAUAA